CCCAUACGCGAGAACAGCGAGAUCUCUGUCCUUCCACUAUUUCCUCUCGAGCGCGCGGCACGACACUGUUUGUCUGCACCCCACGGAAGCAGAAGCACAUGUGGAAACAUCGUCUGUCACCCGACAGGAAAGUGAGCGACUGUGUGCGCCGUAACGGCGAGUCGGUGAGAGGAAGACCAGUGAGGUGAGAACAAAAGUAUAGGGAGCGCACAGGGGUGGAAGAGAAGAGAAAAGGGGGAGUCAUCAUCAAGGGCAUAUUUUACGCACCCUGAUUCGCUAACCGUGAUUGGUGUGCUUACAACUGAGAUUCUGUGGAUUCAGAACAUUACUGGCAGCAUAGAGCUGCGUGUUUGUUUAUGGGCUAACUUCACAUUAGCUCGGAGCUAUUUAUUGUUGUUCUGUUGGGAGGAGUUGGCAAAGGACACCGCAUGUUGCCAGCAGCCCCAGCUAAUCAAAGCAGAUCUCGCCGCGAAAGCCAUCUGCGCAUUUCGUGCUGCUGAGUGGUGGAGAAGAGACAGCAAUAUCGGAGUUUAAGGACCGUCUCUGCCUUUUGGUAUAGGCAGCCUUAACACAUCUAAUUUUCUAAGCCAAAGCUGCGUUGAAAACCUGCGGUGUGCGCCUCUUUUGCUAACAGAUUUAUGGGGCUCCCUUAAGGCUAAUGGUUUCACUGUGCUUCUUCAAGCCAAAGGGUUGACCCGGUACUAGCGAAAUGUUGGAAUCCAAGGUGUUUCUGUAACAGCGGUGAACCAUGGCAGGGCUGCAGGCUUCAGACGCGGUCUCGGGAGCAUAUCUGGAUCCCCCUUCUCCGGACGCGGCGUCCCAGCCACAGAGCCCCGGAGUUCUCAUCGGUGUGGCUGGCUUGAACCUCAAUGACGCCGCAGCCGUAAUGACCCCAACUGGGACACGGACCUAUUUGGACGUGUCCCCCGUCACCAUGCUACCUGGAGGGUUCCCGGUUCUCGGGGCCGACGGGGUGUACACCAACGGGAGGUGUAAAGACCACGGGAGCCCCAGGGUCGGCAGCCGGAGCCGUGACAGCUCUUCGGACCGAAGCCUCAGCGGGGCCACCACGCCAUGCGGCAUCAUGAAGGAUGGCUCCAAGCAGAGGCAGUCGCGCAAGAAGACGGUGUCCUUCAGCUCGAUGCCGAGCGACCGCAAGAUGAACAGCACGGCGGCCUGCAUGGCCUUCAUGACGGAGGGCUGCGAGAUGAAGAAGGUGCGCUCCAACUCCCGCAUGUACAACCGCUACUUCGUGCUGGACCCCGACAUGUGCUGGCUGCGCUGGGAGCCCUCCAAGAAGGACUCGGAGAAGGCCAAGCUGGAGAUCAAGAGCAUCAAGGAGGUGCGUCUGGGCAAGAAGACCCCCGUGCUGCGCAGCAACGGCCUGUCGGACCAGUUCCCCGACGAGUGCGCCUUCUCCAUCAUCUACGGCGAGAACUACGAGUCGCUGGACCUGGUGGCGAGCACGCCGGACGUCGUCAACACCUGGGUGAUGGGCUUGCGCUACCUGGUGUCCUACGGCAGGCACGCGGUGGACGCGGCCGAGCCCGGAGAGCCGAGCCUGCGCACGUCGUGGAUCGGGUCCGUGUUCGAGCUGGCUGACGCCGAGAAGCAGGGCCACGUCGACCUGCUGAGGGCCACGCAGAUCAUCAAGGGCCUGAACCCCGGCAUGAAGGAGUCGAGGAUCGAGCUGAAGAUCAAGGAGCUGCAGAAGGCGAAAGACGAGUACGGCGAGGACAUCAACGCCGACACGUUCUUGGAGGCCUACUGCGAGCUCUGCACCCGGCCUGAGGUCUUCUUCCUCAUGAUGCAGUUCUCCAGCAACAAGGAGUACCUGGACAGCAAGGACCUGAUGCUGUUCGUGGAGGUGGAGCAAGGCAUGGAAGGCGUGACCGAGGAGAUGUGCCAGCACAUCGUGCAGCGCUUCGAGCCGUCGACCGAGGGCCGGGAGCGGGGCUGCCUGUCCAUCGACGGCUUCAACCACUACCUGCUGUCGCCCGAGUGCCACAUAUUCGACCCGCAGCACAAGCACGUGUGCCAAGACAUGUCUCAGCCGCUGUCGCACUACUACAUCAACUCCUCGCACAACGCCUCGCUUCUGGAGGAUCACUUCUGGGGCUCCUCGGACAUCUCUAGCUACGUACGGGCCUUGCGCAUGGGCUGCCGCAGCCUGGAGGUGGUGGUGUGGGACGGGCCGGACUGCGAGCCCGUGGUGUACGUGGGCAGCUCCGUGGCCUCCCAGCUCGCCUUCGGCAAGGUGCUGGACGUCAUCAACCAGUACGCCUUCGAGAGCUCAGAGUACCCGUUGAUCCUGUGCUUGGUCGUCCACUGCUGCGUGCCUCAGCAGAGGGUCAUGGCUCAGCACAUGAAGAAGAUCCUGGGCGACAAGCUCUUCACGGAUCCGCCGAGCCCGGAGGAGCAUUACCUCCCUUCCCCCGAGAGGCUGAAGGGAAAAAUCCUUCUCAAGGGCAAACGUCUUCCUCCCAACUACCCUGACUCAGAGGGGGAGGUAACGGACGAGGAGGAGGGAUUAGACAUGUCGAGGAGGUUAGUGGGUGCUGAGGAAAAGGACAGUUUCAAUGGGAUCGGGUGCAAGCGCCUGCGUCUGUGCAGGGAGCUCUCGGACCUUGUCUCGCUUUGUAAGUCAGUGCAGUUCAGGGACUUUGAGACCUCCAAGAGGGAGCAGAGGCACUGGGAGAUGUGCUCGUUCAACGAGGUGGACGCCAACCGCUUCGCCAAUGAGUUCCCAGAGGACUUUGUGGGCUACAACAAGCGCUUCCUGUCGCGGAUCUACCCCACGCCGAUGCGCAUCGAUGCCAGCAACAUGAACCCGCAGGACUUCUGGAAGUGCGGCUGCCAGAUCGUGGCCAUGAACUACCAGACGCCGGGCCUGAUGAUGGACCUCAAUCUCGGCUGGUUCCGGCAGAACGGCAACUGCGGCUACGUGCUGCGGCCCGCCAUCAUGCGGGAGGAGGUGUCGUACUUCAGCGCCAACGCGCGGGACUCCCUGCCCGGCGUGUCGGCGCAGCUCCUGCACAUCAAGGUGAUCAGCGGCCAGAACCUGCCCAAGCCGCGUGGCUCGGCUGCCAAGGGGGAUGUGGUGGAGCCGUACAUCUACGUGGAGAUCCACGGCAUCCCGGCCGACUGUGCCGAGCAGCGCACCAAGACCGUCUCGCAGAACGGCGACAAUCCCAUCUUCGACGAGAGCUUUGAGUUCCAGAUCAACCUGCCGGAGCUGGCUGCUCUCCGCUUCGUGGUGCUCGACGAUGAUUACAUCGGAGACGAGUUCAUCGGUCAGUACACCAUCCCAUUCGAAUGCCUACAGCCGGGCUACCGCCACGUCCCCCUGCAGUCACUCACGGGGGAAUUCCUGCCCAACACCACCCUGUUUGUGCACGUGGCCAUCACCAACCGGCGCGGAGGGGGCAAGGCGCACAAGAGGGGCCUGUCGGUACGCAAGGGCCGCAAGGCGCGCGAGUACACCUCCACCAAAACCACGGGCAUCAAGGUGGUGGACGAGCUCUUCCGGGCCUCCACACAACCACUCAGGGAAGCCACCGACCUCCGAGAGAAUGUGCAGAAUGCCAUGGUGUCCUUUAAGGAGCUGUGUGGCUUGGCUCCGGCGGCCAACAUGAAGCAGUGCAUCCUGACGGUGUCGUCCUGGCUGCUGAACAGCGAGCGCUCCCUGCGGGUCACCAUGGACCUGAGCGAGGCCUACCCCACCAUGGAGGCCCAGGGCCAGGUGCCAGAGCUGCUGCGCAAGGUCCUCAACGCCUACGACACGAUGAUCCAGACCAGCCGCACUCUAAUCGAGUCAGCAGACGGCGUCUACGCCAAACUCACACAAGCACAACGAGCAGGGUUGGAUUUCCACGAGGACCUGCACCGCAUCGGGGCCAAGGAGGGGCUGAAGGGCCGCAAGCUGCACAAGGCCAUGGAGAGCUACGCCUGGAACAUCACCGUCCUCAAGGGCCAGGCUGACCUGCUGAAGCAUGCCAAGAGUGAGGCGGUGGACACGCUGAGGCAGAUCCACUGCGCGGCUCAGUCCUGCGGCCUGGUGAAGAAUGGCGCCUUCCCCGCGGGCGGCCCCUCCGCUGGCGUGGGCGUGGGCGUGGGCGUGGGCGUUGGAGUUGGCGUGCCAGCCUCCUCCUCCUCCACCCUCCUCGUCGGCCCUGGUGGUGCCGCUGCUGGUGCCACUGCCACCGCCGCCGCCGCUGGCGCUGCUGCUGCUUACGGAGCCGCCUCCUCGCCGGCCUCACUGAUGCCCAGCUCUCCGCUGCCUCCCCCGCCACCCUCGCCCCACGCGCUCCACCUGCCUCGCCUCGCCUCCCUGCACACCAUCCCCGAGAGCGACGCCCACGACCACCGGCACCGCGACCACUCGCCCGCAUACUGAACACACUGCACACGCUCACACACACACACACACACACACGCACGCACGCACACACACACACACACGCACACACGCACACACACACACACACCAUCCACGACAACUCACCCACAUACUAAACACAUUGCACACACACACACACACAUGCACACAGACCAUCCACGACCACUCACCCGCAUACUAAAAACUGUGUGUACGCACACGUACUGUAUGUGUGGGUGUGUAUACAGACACACACACACACACGCUCACACACACUGCACACACACACACACAUGACAACAGACACACUCAAACAUCCACAACCACUCGAACACUUACUAAAGAAACACACACACAUGCAUAGACACACACACACACACACACACACACACACACACACACACACCAUCCACGAGAGCGAGGCCCACGACUGCACACGCACACACAUGCUUGUGUCCACACGCGUGCACACAAACCCGGAUAUUGACUCUUUCACAUACAUCACAUUAACACAUGCACAAAUACGAACACGUGAAAUACACACGCACAUACUGAAAACACACAGGGACAACCACCCCAUUUUUAUUUUGACCGAUUGGUUUUAGCCUUUCAUCCCACCUCUCGUUUUCUCUCCCUUGUUCAGUUUUCAUCUCAAAGUGCUUUCUUUUUCUCUUGUUUGUUUGGCACACAUCUCCUUUGCCUCUCUGUCCGUGUCCAAAACGCUUCCACGUUCCCUACAUAGUGUACUAAAGAGGGCACAAGAGGCCUCACUUUGUUCCUUACAUAAAGUUCACUACAGUAUGCAGUGAGCAAGUGAGCAUUUUGGAUGGAGCUUCAGUGUGCGUUCCAAUAUGCGACCUUGCGUCCUCCACUUGUGCUUGUGGCCUCGUACCAGGAAGUGAUAUGUCAUGAUGACAUCACUGACAACAGCAAUAUACAGUAUUUCAAUAUCUCGCAAAAGCUCAAUGGUAAAGUAAUUUUCUCAUUUGCACACUGGAUGGUGAAUGAAAAAUAUUCCCCCCAAAAUUGUUUUGGCUAGGCUGACCGCGGGGAAACUUAUUUGUUUUCUCCACGGAGGAGGGGCCAGGAGACGUGGCGAGGCCACAAGCACAAGUGGAGGACCCAAGGUCGCAUAUUGGAAUGCACACCAUUACUUCCUGUUCCUUGAACUGGCGGCCAUUUUGAGCCGAUAGCAGAGAAUCGUAUAUGAGAGUGAGAUAAAGCAGGCGGGUUCUUUUCCGGUAUCCACUUUACGUCGGGUGAACGCCCCUUUAGGAGACCUUCAAUUAGGAGACCUUCGGAGUCUUGAGGUAGAGAAUAAAUGGAGUCCCCUUAGCGCUGUAGAUGGCGGUAGCGCACGUCUUGUGCAAACACCACGAAAAGAGAAGAAGAAGGAGGGACAAUGCCCCCUUAGGAGAGCAAAUUUUGAGCACACGCUUUUGCAUUGAGUGGGCGUGUUUCGAUUCCUCUUAUUAUACUGUAUAUCCAACCUCUUUGCCAUUACUUCCUGUUCCUUGAACCGGCGGCCAUUUUGAGCCGAUAGCUUAGCUUAGCUUAGCUUCUCUCCAGAGGGAGCGGAAGAGGAAACACUCUCCAUUCCCUGGGUGGAAAAAAAACGUAAACUGUAUUCUCUCCUUCAAAGCCCUUAUUGCACAAAACAUUGUGGCUUUUAUUUCUUGCAAAGGAACAGAUGACUGAACAGAGGACUACUUUCACUGAGACACUUUGUUCAAGCCUGACACAGUCAAGUCAGGGACACACACACACACACACACACACAUAUACCGUUCUUCUUCUCAGCAAUGUUAAUUUUACCGACACACUUUUUUUUGCUUUGGCAAAACUCAACUUGGACCUAUAGGAACACAUCAGCAGGGGUGUGUGCAUCUUUUAAUGCACUAUAAUAUAGAAUGACCUCACUGGAACUCCACAGUGGAGAGACUAUUGUUAGCUCACACGUCUAUCUUUUUUUUGCCUUUUUCGCUUUGUUUGCCUACUUGUUUUUAUUUCCUUUCUAAGAGAUUUUUUACUGCUCUGCAGUAGGCCUUUGCUUGGCCUUGUAAAAGUGGUGUGUGUGUGUGCGUGCGUGUGUGUGUGUGUGUGCGUGCGUGCGUGAGCGCACGUGUGUGUGUCUGUGUGUGCACUUGUGUGUGUGCACUUGUGUGUGUGUGUGUGUGUGUGUGUGUGUGUGUGUGUGUGUGUGUGUGUGUGUGUGUGUGUGUGUGUGUGUGUGUGUGCGCAAGAAAAAGAAAUAUUGUUGUCAGUUCUCCAAAAGAAAAACUCUUAAAUGAUGUUCUUUUUUUUUUCAAACUGGAAAUGAUGUAACUGCUAUUAAUAAUGCACCAUGAGUGUGGAGAGAGCAGAGCUGAACUGAACUGUGGGAUGUAUAUUAUAUUAAGGAGAGCCAAUGGAUCUAGUUCCGCUGUCCCUUAUAAACAAACUCAGCCGAUAGUAUCAACACCAGGACCCUACUGAACGCCAACAAUCCAUCCUUUCCAACCGGCUUAGUAAUAAGAAAAUAAACCAACAGGACUUAAGUAGGUGGACACUAUUACUACUACUGUACCGGAACACUCUCCUUUACAAGAUGCUCUGCUACUAAUGAUUAAUACGAUUAUUUUAAAAAACUGAUAACUGUUACUAUUGUCCAUAGGUAUAUUAAUAUCCCUCCCAAUUGUUUUUUUAUAUAUAUAUAUAUAAAAUGUGGUCCACGUGACUGCUGCCGGGAGAGCUGUCUGUUCAGUAACUGGGAGGAAACAGAAUGACUGAAUGACUGACUGUGGUCCAAUGAAACAAGAGUGUGGCGCUUCUAGAAUGCUCCGGAAGGCUCCGGAACAGCCCCAUUCACAGACCCUGGUGUGGAGCGGCGUGGCUGGGGCAGGCGUGUCUGUGCUCCUGCGUUUGAGGGGCCACACCAGUUAGGCUAAUGAGAGGAUCUACUACUGCUGCUGGGGGCUGGUGGUGCUGCUAUGGGGCACACUAUGGGGCACACCAUGGCGCCCUUACGCCAUCCGACUUCCUCCACCGCCAUUUUGGGGACUCGUUACGGCGACACGCAAGCGGCACCAUCACGUCUGCAGCGGCCGGCCGACUUCAGGCUGGCUGGAUGACAGACGACAAGUCAGGGACAAGAAAUGUCCCCCUCGCGAUCUCCUGCGUGACGCGAGCGGGUGGUUAUCGACAGGGUUUGGUGUUCUCAAGUGUCUGUGACGUACGUGCGUGCGUGUGUGUGAUGAUCCAUGUUCGAAGUCGUCAAGUCUGUCUCUGGUCCAGGUGGAGAUGUAGUCUCUUUUGUAAUUAAAAUACGUUUGGGAGUAUUCAACUGGAGCACAGUGUCUU